UGCUCUGCUGUGUGGAAGUUCCGCGUUUGUCCAGCAGGUGGCGCUGUGUGUCAGCGAUGAAUGAGUUGAGGGCGGAAGAGAGAAGAAGCUUCUGGAAGAGGCUGGAGAGGAGCCGCACAUUAUACAAUCUAUACAUCUCCGGGGGAGGGGAGAGCUGAGCUUCUAUCCAGCAAAGUCGGUGACCUUUCCAGGAGGACUCCCCCAGCACUGACAGUGAGAAUUUACCAUGGCCGAUGGAGGACAUGAAGGAAACAGGCAACAUCCACACAAUCUCCAGGGACUUCUACAUAUGGCAAUUGAGGCUGGUAAUGAAUCGACUACAUCGGACCAAAUGGAACAGAUGUCUGGAGAGAGGAGGCAGUGGCUCCAGGAAGCCAUGCACAGUGCCUUUGCGGGCCAGGUUGAUGAAGUACAACAUAUGAAGGAAUGCCUAAAAGAAUUGAACACCGAUACAAGCGAUGAAGAGGGAUAUGAUCGGAAGGAGAACGCAUUGGAAUUUCUUGCAGACCUGUGUGAAAACCUUGAUAAUGCUUCAGAUUUCUGCAAGCUGGGUGGCAUGGAGCUGCUGUUGAAUCGCUACUUGAGCUGCCCUGAAGCUGAGCUUCGCUGGAGAGCUGCUGACCUGGUUGGCACUUGUAGCCAGAAUGUACCAUUUGUUCAGGAGUGUGCUCUAUGUCUUGGUGCUAUGAGCAAAUUGCUGCAAUUACUGGAUCUGGACAGCAGUGAACAAGUCAGGAUAAAAGCCCUUUUUGCAAUUUCUUGCCUGAUUCGGGAGCAAGAAGCUGGGCUGGCUGAAUUUGUGAAGAUCGAUGGGUUUUCUGUUUUGAUGCGUGCCAUGCAGAGUGAUGUAGAGAAACUAAAAAUAAAAUCUGCUUUUUUGCUGCAGAAUCUGCUGUACAGCCAUCCAGAACAUAAAGGUACACUGUGUUCUAUGGGGAUGAUUCAGCAACUGGUAUCUUUGCUUCGCACAGAGCAUAGCCCUUUCCAUGAACAUGUCCUCUCUGCCCUAUGCAGCAUGGUGUCAGAUUUCCCACUCGGUAUAGCUGAAUGUCGAGCACCUGAACUAGGUUUUGAAGAGCUGCUCAAAGAGCGAUGUCAGUUAAUACAGAAGCAGGAGGACUUUAAGGAAGAGUUGGAGUUUUGUGAGCGUCUUUUGAAGAUCUGCUUCCAGGAUACUCUUGAUGACAACAGCAUGGACCGAUGAUCUCAUAGAAACUGUUGUCACGAAUAUUGUCUCAUGAUGGGGCAAGCUGAUGACUAAAAUAUUUGGUUAUAGACUGUUACCGUGGCUCUCCUCAGACAUAUACAAUCUUUGUUUCAAAAGAGAAGUCUGAACUAAAUAAACAUCAUUGGAAUGAACUAUUUAAUUUGUAUUCCUGCAUAAACUGCUUGUGUGUCUUGGAAUAAAAAAUACAUAUAUUUUGUAAAAUUUUA